GGUCACUGAAGGUGAAGAAGGAAAUGAAUCUGUCAUUUACAAAAUUGAAAUUCCAGCCAACAGGUAUGAAUACCCUCAUUCAAGGACCACAAAAUUAAAAGAAAUAUAUGAAGCUUAGUUGGAAUUUCCAGGGUAGGGGUGGUUGGGGUUAGGAAAAUUCCCAUCAUAGGGGAGGUACAUGUACAUGAACAGAUAUUUUCUGGAAUUAAAAGUACCCGUACACUACAAAUCUGUAACAUUACUUAAUCAUGACAGCUUUAGUAUUAAUUUUUACUCAAAGUACAUAAAAUUCUUAUAGAAUGCUUUUGUACGUUUUUGUACAAAAUGAUUGUUUAUACGGUAAUUAUGACACAUUUUUUUGCUUGUUGUGAAGCAACUGUUAAUGCGAACUGUACAGCUGUAUAUAUAUCAUAAUUUACUUUGAAAUCUCAACAGAUAUGAUCUUCUCUGUGUAGAGGGAAUAUCACGAGGAAUUCAAGUUUUCCUUGGAAAGUGAGUGCUGUUAACUGUCUUUAAGACUGAGGCUGUUGGGUUGGCACUGGAAACUGGUUUUUGUCUUAGAGUUUCAGUGUAUCUCUUGUCCGUUUUUCAGGAGUACACUACACUUCUUCAGGUGGGAAAAGUUUUCCCAAAAAAGCCCAAGGAUCCAACAUCCUUCCCAGACUUCUCUCCUACUCUUUGUUUGGAGGAAGAGUAGGAGAGAAACCUGGAAUCAAGUUUGGCCGAGGAUCAUGAACAUAAAAUAAUGUUAUGAAUGCAGGUCAUCAUUGAAACAAGAUUUUCAUUCAGGUUUUCUGGGCAAAGAGACAUGACCUUUUUUGCAUUACAUGUAAAUUUUUUGUCUGACCUGUUUGACUGAAUUUUGCUCAUUUGAGUAUGAUCCAAAAGAUGUUUUCCCCUGUGCAAGGUGGAUUUCAAAGUGUGUUGUCUAAGGUUGUCUAAGAGAAUCAAAAUUGAUGAUGCCACUAGUACAGUCAACUCUCUCUAAGACCGACACCUUUGGGACCGGCACUAAGUGUCCGUCUUAGAGAGGUGUCCAUCUUAUAGAGAGUCAAAUAAAAGGAGUAAAGAAAGGCAGGGACCAACUCUAAGUGUCUGUUUUACAGAGGUGUCUGCCUUAUAGAGGUGUCCGUUAAGAGAGAGUCGACUGUAGUCAAUAAAAGGGAUGUACAUGUACAUCCUACAUACAUCCUACAUUAAGCCUGUUUUCAAAUUGAAGCUGAUGCUUAUGGGGUCCCAUAGUUAGAAACAGAAAUACAUGUAUAUGGCCUUAAGUGAAACUUCUAUUAACAAGCACAUGUCACAGGCUUGAGUUUAACAAACAAUACAGUCUGUAUUGGUGAUUAUUGAUUCUGUCUUGUUUGUGUACAUCUAGGAUAAAGGCUCCAAGAUACAAAGCUGUUAAUCCAGAUGGGGGAUUGCAAAGGUUGAAGAUCUCCAAGAAUGUAUGUCUUGUCUCCUUUCUUGAAAAUUUUAUCUAUAUAUUAUUUUAUAUGCUGUGUACUAACAGGUCCUUUGAUAGCUCAGUGCAAAAACAAAAAUCAGGUGGGAAGUUAUGCAGUUUUUUCCCUUAACAAAGCAAUCAAUAAGGUGGCGAACAGGUCAGUUGUUAUAUGGCAGUUUAUGUGAUUUCUCUAGUCUAGAAAGUACACCACAGUCUUCAGAUUGGGAAAGACUAUAAACAUGACCAAGAAAAACUAUGGCAUAAGUAUGUCUGUUGAAUGAAUUGGUGAUGUUCGCUGCAAUUUUAAUCUAGUGGCCAAAAUUUUUCGUACAUGUACUUGGCAUGGCAACCGAAAUGGCCCUGGCCUGGAGCACUGUGGAGAGUGCAUACAAGCUUGAAUACAGUCUCCUCUCUCUUAAUAGACAUCUGUAUGAAUCAGACACCUAGAGUUGACCCAUGCCUUUCUUACAGUAACUUCAUGUAGUUCACUUGACUCUCUAUAAGACACAUCCUCGGAGACCCAGGGGCAGUCAGUCGAGCCGGGAGAAAAGGCGCGACGAAAGUUUUCAAGCACAGGUGGAAGAGCCCCUGGGUACCGACUCUCACCGGACCAUUUCCAAACGGUCAAGUGAAUGCUGGCUCCUGAUUGGGCACAAAAAAUGCUUUGUAUUAUUGUGUCCAAUCGGCGAACAGUUUCUCGUGAGUUCUUUUCGUGAGUUCGUACACGAUGGCUAUUAUGUCCCUACAGUUGCCCGGUUUGUUCACCAAGCUUGUGCGUACAAGGGAAACUUCCAUUUUCUACUUUCCUAACCAGAAACGAAGGAACUACCGAUGAGUCGAAAAACGUUUCGGAUGCUAUCAGCAGGAACAAUUCAUUUUGCACUGAGAAAAUUCUGUUUCUGACGGAUCACAAUGUAUCAUAAAUAAUAGGAAGUUUAAGAUGCGGCGGCGGCGACGAGAUGGUAAAAACUAAAAAGGCAUAACAACAACUUUGCACGUGCAUCACGCAUUUUGCACAUUUCUUUGCCCUCGCUGCACGACUACCACGUGAAAAUGCCUAAUUUCAGGUUUUGUGAAGGACGUAAACAAACAAUGACAAAAUUUUCUUUCUCUUUAUGAACUUGGAUAUGGUUGACAGAAAAUCAGCUCCAGAAGAAGCUAGAAGAGUUCGCUUGCAUUUGACAAAGUAAGCGAGUUGGGAUAAUCACGAUAGAGACUGGAAAAAUGUGAAUUCACUUUUCAUGCGACGUUUUCGUGGCUGUCAGCUGUCGUGGAAUCUUAAACUCCUUCAUAUUUACGAAGGCAUGAUCGAUGCAAGCGUGAAUACCUGUUGUAAGCUCAAGCUUGUAUUUUUGGAAAAGCGUCUUUAGUUUACGGGUAGACAGUGGUAGUCUUUACACUAGAGCUUAAAUAAGCUAAGAAAUAUUUCAAGACAAGUAAAUUUUAAUUACUUCAAGUAAAAUAAAGCUUCAUUCACAACCGAUUCUUUUUUUACUUCAGGUUAACUUUAAUAAGGCUAUUUUCCCACGGAACAUAAUUAAGAUUGAUUGACAUGUUUCGCCUUUCUCAAAGCUCAAGAAACCGCAAGUAACCGCAAGCUUUUAAGGAUGGUUUCAAGUCGCUUGAAACCUUCUUGAAUCGUUUCAACUUUCCGACUUCAAUGAGAUGCAAAGUAAAGUUACUUGUGAUUUUACUUAGGUCUUCACACACGAAUUUUUGGUUAAGUAAAACUUAGCAGCUCCUAAGUCUUACUUAACAGCCUAGUGUAAAGACAACCAGUAUUUUGAAAUAAAGUGUUUACAUCAAACUGAAAGUUUCCUGACUGCGUGCAUUUGUUUGGUGCCCCAGACAAGCCGUGAUCGAGUCAAUAGCUGUCGCGUCGUGUACGAACUCACGAAAAGAACUCAAGAGAUGCUGUUCCCCGAUUGGGCACAAUAAUACAAAGCAUUUUUUGUGCCCAAUCAGGAGCCAGCAUUCACUUGACCGUUUGGAAAUGGUCCGGUGAGAGUCGGUACCCAGGGGCUCUUCCACCUGUGCUUGAAAACUUUCGUCGCGCCUUUUCUCCCGGCUCGACUGACUGCCCCUGGGUCUCCGAGGAUGUAUAAGACAGACACCUCUGAUCUCUAAGGUGGACACAUAUGCUGGGGUGCCUGUGCCAAAUGUGUCCUUCUUAGAGGAGGUCCAAUUUUGAAAGAUAAUCUCCCUUUGAGUGUUGUAUAAAUCUUGUAUAAAUCCUGUCAUAAGUACAGCUUGUAACAUUAAUUUUCAUUGAUUUGAUCCCUUCUAUCCUUGUUUUCAUGUAAUUUGUCCUCUUUCAUCAGACCGCUCUUGUGAGGCCACACUGUGUCGCUGCUCUUCUAAGAAACAUAAAAUUUACUCAGGUUUGUGUUGCUGCAUACCUUGGAGAAUUUUCUACCUAUUAUACACACCUCUCAUUAGCAAAGUCCAUGGUCCAAUCACACUUGGGCCAUAAAUCGCAGGCGCUGGGAGAGUCAAUGAAGAUAUAAAGAUAAUAAUUUACAGAACUUUGUAUACACAGACUGAGAAAAAGAGAUUGAUACAGUAAGAUGUUUGUGGAAAAAGAAAUAGGCACACAACACCUUAGCACUUAACACACCUUAGUAUUAUAAUAAUAAUAAUAAAUUGUUACAAGGGUUUAUGAUUGGGGCUUUUUUGUUGGGGUAUAAGCUAAAUGUAUAUAGACAAGACUCUCUUGGGGGGGGGGGGGUAGGCUAGGUAUGUUUAAAAACUUUUAGUUUGGUACAUGUAUAUUGAGUAGGAGGCCAUGUCACUGUUAGUAUUUCACUAUUGUAUUUGCGCUUUUCUCUGUCGCUGUCACAGUUUCAACCCAUCUCUGUGUUGGUUGUCCCAGUUUCAAGGCCAUGUUGCCUGUCAGAAUGUUACCCUGAUGGGGCCUCAUAAAUGUAAAUAGUUUUUGUUGAAAGAAUGAAAAAUCUCUUCGGUUAUGUACACUUCUGUGUAUUCAGAAGGAUACAGCAGCCAAAAAUCAACCAAUCACGUGACGAGUUCUUAUUGAAUUGGCCAUAAUUAUAACAAAGCAAGACAUUCCAAAUCAGUAUGUGCAGGUAACAUAGACUGACUGUUGUUUUAAUAUCUUUUCAUGUGUAAUUUUAUAACGUUUUUGGCAGGCCAGUUAUGAUAGCUUCAUUGAUCUGCAAGACAAACUGCAUCACAACCUGUGCCGACGUCGAAGCCUUGUUGCCAUAGGAACACAUGAUUUUGACACCCUCAAAGGGCCAUUUCUGUUUGAUGCCCUCCCUCCAUCAGAAAUCAAGUUCAAACCACUUAAUCAAGUAUGUUGUGACAAGAAAAUGUUAAGUAAACUAAGAUUUAAAAAAAAAAGAUGUUAUGUUGGAUUCGUGUAGAUUCAGUUAUAUCUUACGUGUAUUCUGAAUAUUGCUGCUGUUGUUUUUCUUCAGACAAAAGAAUUUACUGCUGUUGAACUGAUGGAUUUAUAUAAAGUAAGGAAAGAACAGAAAUGAAUUUGUUGUAAAAUCAUCAAUUUUUAUGGUAACGACCCAGAAAAUUAUCUUUGGGGUUCACCUCAAGAUCAAAUGGUAUAUAGAGCAUUAAUUUUCACAUGACCUUACGGCAGCUGUAUUGGUGUUUUAAAACAAUGAAAUAGCGGCCAUGUUGAUGUUCCAAACCAAUCCUGUUUUUUUUUUUGUUCCAACAAAUUUGCAUAGAUGCUAACCAUGUGAGAGAAAACACUCCAUAAUUAUGUAUUUGUUUGAGACCUCUCUAUUACAGUUGGGGAGUAAGGGUGGUACAGCGAUGAGAGCAUGUACUCGCACCUUCUGCCAGAGUGUGGCAGGGCGGUAUUGGGUGAUUUUGAAGGUGUACGCAUGGGAAGAAAAGUUAGAGUGCAGACGGGUCUCAGAAAUGCCAUUUCCUGCGUUUCCCGUAUGUCAUUUUCAGUAAUUAAAUUGCAGUAGUUAAUAUUUUUUAUUUUACCCAUCUCUAGUGUGAUAAUAAAAGAAUAUUAAAAGGAUAAAGGAAAUACUUGCACAAAGAAACCAAUAUAAAUCGAAAAAUUUAUCUGUCAUCUUGAUUUCAUGGUAAUAAUACUUUCUGGUAAGAAAAAAGAAAUUUUCCCAGAUUUCAGUUGUACACACUGACCUGUAUUUGCGUAUAUGGACGCUUACGUUCCGGUGUGGUUCAGGCUGAAAUCCCAACAUCAACAUGUGGGAACUUGAGUAUGUUGUUCAGGUUUUUUUCAGUACUCUGAAAGGUCCUUCUCCAGGUAUGUCUGUUUUCCCCUCUCCUCAAAAACCAACACUUCCAAAUUCAAAUUGAUCUGUGACACACAGAAAAAUGUAAAAGAGUUGGUAAUAAUUUCUUAGUGUUUUUUGGGUAAGAAAAUUAUUACAAAUUACAAUUUCAGGGCCAGUGCUCUGACCAUUCAAUCACCAUUGUUGUUUUCAACAUUGCUGUUUUUCAUUUUGCAGGGAGAAAGCCAUUUAAAACAGUACUUGCCAAUCAUAAGGGACAAACCAGUUUAUCCCAUAAUUUUUGAUGCCAAUGGUGUUGUGCUUUCCAUGCCACCCAUUAUCAAUGGUACGGUAUGAUAAUUAGUGGGAGCAGCGUGGUCAAGUAUCGUCAUGUUAGACUUACAUGUACAAUUCGAAGAUCGCGGGUUCAAGUCCAGCUCUGGCCAUUUGCUGGAUUUGUUCUUGGUUGUCCAGAGUUCAAAUCCUUCUCCACAUUUGUAUAUUAUAGCCAACUGGUUGCCUCCUGCCAGUUGGGUUUUUGAUCCUGUUAUGUUGUAUUUGAAUUAUUUGUUUCUAAGUAUUUGAGUGGAGUGCCUGUAAACUAGCUGGAUAAGCUGAGCGCACUUUCCACUAUAAACAAACCCUUAACCUUUUUGACCUUUAUAAUUACCAUAUUUAUUUUCUCAACUGGCACUACCAGGUCCCGGGGGGGGCACUUUAGGAAUCUCUGGGUGGGGAUGUGCCGCUGGGACCCAGGAACCCUUGACCUAUACCAGAGCUAGUUCAGCUGAAUUUUGCUACCCUAUACUAGAGUAAACUCCCAAAAUCCCCCUAUCCUAGAGUAGCUGUUUCCCCAGUCUAGAUCAGAUGGGCUCCUGUCUAGAUAAAAUCUUCAACCAACUGAUCAGUUUCCUGAAAAAUGAUACCCUAUUCUAGACCCAAACGCUCUGAUUUAUAUACCCUAUCCUAGAGUAAACUGCUUGAAAACCAUACCCUUCACAGCGGCACAUACCCAUAUAGCCCAUAUAUGGCAGUACCCCCCCCGGGUACCAGGUCCACAAACCUAAGACUGAAAAAAGGCUGUUUAGUUGCCGUGAGAAAAUCCUUUACGUUCAUUUUGUUACAGAUAAUUACCAUGAAAGUUUUUAAAAAGUAUAAGAUAGUGCCGUCAAACCUCUUUUUAAUAAUUAUACAGACACCAAAAUGACCCAGGUGUCUGUAGUAUGGACCAAGAGAACUAUCCGUAAUAGCUGUCCUGAGUAUGUAGAGGUGUCUAUAUUAUGCAUAGGUGUCUGUGGUACAUGUAUGCGUAGGUGUAGACUACAGUAUGCAGAGGUGUCUGUAGUAUCCUGAGGGGUUCACAUUGUGCAUAGGUUUCCUUGGUAUGUAAGGGUGUCCAUAGUUUAUGCAAAGGUCUGUGUAGUAAUGACUUGUAUGCAAAGGUGUCCAUAGUAUGUGAAAUGAAGAAUGCAGAAGUGUCUGUAGUAUGCAUAUUGUGUUGAUAAUGGAGAGGUGUCCACAGUAUGAAGAGGUAUCCAUAGUAUGUAUAUUGCAUUCAUAAUGGAGAGGUGUCCACAGUAUGGAGAGGUAUCCAUAGUAUGCAUAUUGCAUUCAUAAUGGAGAGGUGUCCACAGUAUGGAGAGGUAUCCAUAGUAUUCAUAUUGCAUUCAUAAUGGAGAGGUGUCCACAGUAUGGAGAGGUAUCCAUAGUAUGCAUAUUGCAUUCAUAAUGGAGAGGUGUCCACAGUAUGGAGAGGUAUCCAUAGUAUUCAUAUUGCAUUCAUAAUGGAGAGGUGUCCACAGUAUGGAGAGGUAUCCAUAGUAUGCAUAUUGCAUUCAUAAUGGAGAGGUGUCCACAGUAUGGAGAGGUAUCCAUAGUAUUCAUAUUGCAUUCAUAAUGGAGAGGUGUCCACAGUAUGGAGAGGUAUCCAUAGUAUGCAUAUUGCAUUCAUAAUGGAAAGGUGUCCAUAGUAUGCAUGGAGAGGUGUCCACAGUAUGGAGAGGUGUCCAUAGUAUGCAUAUUGCAUUCAUAGUGGACAGGUGUCCACGGUAUGGAGAGGUGUCCAUAGUAUGUAUAUUGCAUAAUGGAAAGGUGUCCAUAGUAUGCAUGGUGAGGUGUCCACAGUAUGGAGAGGUGUCCAUAGUAUGCAUAUUACAUUCAUGAUGGAAAGGUGUCCAUAGUAUGCUUGGAGAGGUGUCCACGGUAUGGAGAGGUGUCUAUAGUAUGCAUAUUGCAUUCAUAAUGGAGAGGUGUCCACAGUAUGGAAAGGUGUCUAUACUAUGCAAAGAUGUCCGUAUUAUGCAGAGGUGUUUGAAAUAAAGAGGUGUCCAAAGUAUGUGGACAGCUCUAAUGUAUGUCAUUAAGGAGAGGUUAAACAAGCACAGCAUAAGCAAAGCAAAACAAGCACAUACAACAGCCAUUCAGCCAUAUUGGGCAGCAGACAAGUAAUAUUUGUUCAUCCUGCAUUGUACUUGAAAGAAAAUACUCCUACAAAAGCCCAUACCUAAUGCAUAUGUAUUUAUGGAUACAUAUGAUCUAUUUCUUUCAGGUGAACACUCAAAGAUAACUCUUAACACACGAAAUGUUUUUAUCGAAAGCACUGCUACAGAUCUGCACAAGGUAACUUUUAGGCUAAAUGAAAGCAGGUUUAAGCCGAUAGUGUUGCUUGAUGACGAAAUGUGUUCUAUGUACAGUGGUUCAAAAUGUGGCCAUUGUGGUGGCCAUAGUGAGUAGAAAAAUGAACUGUGAACACAUCACUGACUAAUGAUUUUUUUUACCUUUUAAGGCAAAAAUUGUCCUGGACACCUUGGUGACCAUGUUCAGUGUGUAUUGCGAUGAGCCAUUUGUGUAAGUUUGCUCUAUAGUGUACAUUGUAAAAUGAACAAAAAAUGUUUGUAUAUAUAUGUAAAAGUUUCACUUAUCCUACGAGUGUUCAAUGCAUAAAAUAUGCAGAGCGCAAUACAAAUGCAAAGGAUGAAAAUUAAGUUGUAACUUGGAGUUUCACGUACUAGGUGAUGAUUGCUUAGUGCCUAGAACUCUGAGUUACAACAGUACUUAGUUUUCAUCCUUUGCAUGUUUACAUUGUACACAGUUGUAUGGCUGACUAUGUGCAUACCAGUGCUUGUACUAAGUCUCAUGAUUUUCUAAGUGAUGAAUCCCCUGGUCUACAUUGUGGCAUAUUACCUAAUGAAGCAUUAUGCAUUUUAUUUCUUCCAGGGUGGAGUCUGUGGAAGUAGAAAAGCCCGAUGGAUCCGUUGUUACUUACCCGGUAGGUUUUAUUGAAACUCAAAUGGAUUUUUACAGUCCGACCGGGAAAACCGUGAAGACUUGAAAUAUUUCAGGAAUGUUUAUUGUCUUAUGACCAAUCACAGUAAAGAUCAAGACACGAGAACUGGCCACGAAACCUGCUUGCGAUUUAGUUUAGAAAUAUUUCUGGUGUUCACGGUUUUCUCGGUUUUAAUACGGUAAUUAAAUACCAUGUGCUGACUAAAGAAUCGAGAACGGAGAACUUUUCCUUGACCAGCAUGACAAGUAUUAAACCAUUUCACUCUCCCAGACCAUGAUUUUUAUAGCCAGGUUAUUUGUAUAGUCCUGUGCUGUUGUCAUUCAAAUAAAAGCGCUUUAGCAGAAUGUCUGCACAGUCUUUCGGGUUAAUUUGAAGUGAAAUGCUUUUGAAAAUCGUUUGAAUAAGCAUGCACUAUUAUUUUGCAUACAGAGCAAUGCAGAUGGUCAUUCUUAUAGAAAGGUGACUAACAUGAACAACAUUGCAGUUUGUAACUGUCCUGCAAUUUUACAUUGAGUCUUUUUUCUUGUGCUCGUAGGAACUCAAGUAUCGCCAUGAAGUAGUUGAAGUGGACCAAAUUAACAAGAAAAUUGGAAUCAAGUAAGUUAUUUAAUUAUUAUGAUUAUCGUUAUUAUUGUCUAUGGAAGAUUCUGGUAAUCUCCCCACCUUCCCCUCCCCUAAUCCAAUUUUAUCACUAACUUCUUCCUUAGGGCAAAAUGUUGGGUUAGGGAGGGGUGGGUGGGCGGAUUUCAGGAGUCUAUUUCAGACAACACUACCAACGUACGUGGUAAGGGUAGCAGUUUUCAAUAUAUGUAACCAAUGCUGGCACAACAUCUCUCUAUAUUGGGAAGGCAUUGGUGACACGGUAGUGUGAACAGUCCUUCUUGUCUCAGUGCGCUACCCCAAGAACGUCUGUGUGGGAGGCUAAUGGCGCCUUCCAAAAAUCAGAACUGGCAGGCCACACCGGUCAUUUUGAAAAUGAAAUAUUAGUAUUCAAAGGAUUGCAAUUUCCAGAUUCCUAGCUUGUUUGAGAUCUUAUUUCCACCAUUUGUAUACUGUUUAAAAUCGUCUCUUAAGUUAAUGUAGGACCUGAUGCGAAACCCUAUCAACAAUCAUAACAAUCGUAACAAUUCUAUUCUUGUUUGUCCUCAGGGAGUCGCCAGAGCGUGUUGCUGACUUGCUGACUCGAAUGUGUCUACAAAGUGAAGUCAUUGAUGGUGGUAAAAGUGUCAGAGUAGAAAUUCCUCCAACGAGAGCUGAUAUCCUUUAUUAUAAACAUUACCACUAAAGUUUUAGCCUUGAGAGACAAUUUCUUGCAAAAAAGUGAAAAAUGAUUGCGGUUUUGUCUAACCUUUCGAAUAGGUGAACAAUUGUUCAAUGCUAUCCAAUGGGCCUGCAGGUAUCUAUUCAGUGGUUAGGCUGCGGUUAUUUUAUUGGCCGAGAGGAUUUGGUGAACUAAAUCCCGGUCAAUCCUGAAUAUUUACUUCAGUGCAAAUCAAACUGUUACACAGUGUAAUUUGCACGAGUGCCUAAUGCAUUAGGGCCUGUUAACAUGGAAGUGGGGGACCCCAGGUAGGUGAGGUAACAUGUGGCCAGUCACCCCACCUAUCAUGUAAACGUGUUCAAAUUAAAAUGAGAGAUUAUAUGGACAGGCGGGUUACCUCACUAAACAGGUUACGUACCUGGGGUCCCCCACCUCCAUGUAAACAGGCCCUAAGUCAGGUCUUUGCUCGUCAGUGUUAGUUACUAUUCACACUUACGCAGUAAAGCUGACUUUUUCAGUGCAGUCUUGCACAAAGUAAAAAAGACCAACUAUGCUCCGUACACAAUUUGAAUUUGCUUUGAUACUUAAUGGUGCGUUGUUAGUCCGUGUUACGCACAAUGUUGAUCUCCUUGACAUUGUUUUCACAUAUCAUCCAUGAGUGCGAUAUCAUUGAGGACGUAGCUAUUUCUCACGGGUUCAAUAACAUUGUCAAGAGAAUACCGCCAACGAAUACCAUUGGAAACCAGGUAACACCUCGUGCAGUUAACCCUGCUUAAGAUAUUCUGGCGUGUUUUUCAUCUGGUAAUUGGAUUUAAAGCGGAUAAGUUUGUUGUUGGUUGUGGUGUAGGGAAGUUUCGUAGUGAAGCGCAGCCAUAUCCCUUUUCACGUGAGCGAGUAAGUCAGUUUACUGCUGUAGAUGACAUGUCAGCUUGUCAAGUGUUAGCUCGUGGUUCGCUAUGAUUUGUCAUUGUUUUUCCUUUUAUUUAUCCCCCUCCCCAUUCAUGUGGGUAUAACUAACCUGAGAUCGGGCCCAAUUUUAGCAGUUCUCAUACAUUCUCUCUAACGUAGUCGCGCUGCCUCCCCCGCAGGAAUGUUAUUUAGAAAACGUAACGAUAUAACAGAACAAUUACACGCACAAAACACUCAAGUUUACCCUGCGAGCAGAGGUUCCGCUCGCAGAGUACUCAAGUUUAAUUCAACGUUGGGCCAGGGGCUGGGGAACACACACACAAAAAAAAAAAAAAUAGGUAAAAGUACAUUUUAGAAGCCAUCCCAACACUGACGAUGAUUGUAAUUUCAACAUUCAGUAUAAAAACCACACACACAAUGUUGUUUUAUUUUGAAGUCAAUGGCUCUCGAAACGUCAGCUUCUCUCGUACCCUACGGCGGCCAAUCUACCCUAUCAAAUUACUUGAUAAAGCCAAAUCUUUGUGUUACCGAAUUCAUAUUUGUUUAUAUUGGAAGACGUACUUAUGUCACUGUGUCACUGAGACAGUAAGCACUUAAUGACUGAUCCCGAGGGAAACAGUUAAUUUUGUUUCCCGAGGGACCAGUCUUUAAGUGAUUUGUUAUAUAGCCGGAAAUUCAUUAAACCUCGCUGUAACGGCGUUGGUCUGUCAUCAUUCGCGGUUAACAGUGCACUGUUACCCUUUGACGUCAUAGAUUUGCAAUGCUGCCCGCUCUGAGAUUUUGGCGGGAAACAGUUUCAUUGUUAGAUGUCACGUGUCCUCAUAGUAACCAAUGAGAGCGCGCGCUGUUGGGAAAAAAAUUUCCAGCUAUAUAACAAUAUCAUCUUAAGUGUUUUAAUCAAUUUAAUUCUAUUUCUUCACAGUUCAAACUGAACACACUGUGCGAUUUAUUGAGGCAGGAAAUAGCUCAGGCUGGAUUCACUGAAGUGCUCACUUUUGCACUGGUAUGGAAAUUUUAUCCUGUUCCCUUUUUUAUCAAUCCCUCCCUUGAAAGAUAGUUAAGUUAAAUCCCGGGUUUUAACCUGUAAUUGGAGCGUGCAAGAUAUUGUUUUAACAAUAUCUUGCAAUAUCUUAACGUGGUAAAAGUCUUUACCCUGAGAUCCAGGUUUGGUAACACAAAAUGAUACUCUAAAAAAAAAAAAAGAAGGUGAAUACAAUCGUAGAUUAAAAUAAGCUUAGCGGUAAUGGCCGUUCAGGAAUCUUGCCCUGCGCUCCAUCCAAAUUUAUGAAGCUGGUGUCAUUCGCGGGAGAACUUGUUUGACCUAAAAUUACAGUUCGCCUUACUUAUGGUUGGUUAAAAAAGUGACACUAUUUUUUUAGAUAACAAAAUCGCGUGGCAAUACAAAACAAAAAUGGUUGGAAGAAAAGUUGAAAAGAUAAAAAAAGGAAAAUAACUAUCGGAUACCAUCAGCAAAUUUACUGUUUGGUAUCGGUGGUAUAUUGUAUUAUGAAAGGAAGUCUAAUGAAUGAGUCUAGUCUCCUAGUAUUUAAGAAGCCCCGAUAACCUCUAUGAAUACAAUUGUAGACUUCUGAUAGGUAAUUAUAAACUGGUCGAAAGCGAUGAUCCAGUGUAAAUUGUCUAAAAAAGUAAAUAAACCUAUUUUAGAUCUUUGAACUGAACCCUUUUUUCGAUCUUCAAUAAGAGGAGGGCCCUCAAAAGGUUUUUCGGGAUUCUGGAUUUCCCUUAUUUGAAACUCGUGAUUCGGGAUUUCCCUUAUUUGAAACUCAGGAUUCGGGAUUUCCCUUUUUUGAAACUCGGGAUUCGGAUUUUCCUAUUUGAAACUCGGGAUUCGGGAUUUUCCUUAUUGAAACUCGAGAUUCGGGAUUUUACAGCAAGAUCGGGUCUAGAUUCGUGAUUAAAAGUAUGCGCGGCAGGUGUAAUGCCAAAAAUAACCAUUGGGUUUACGGGAUUGCACGAAAUUUUGGGUCGGGAUUAUGGGAUUGAAGAACCCUACUGGGGCCCUUCAAAGAGGAUAGAGAAUCACGGUUAUUCCAAGCUGAUCUUUUUCUUAUUUUUAACUGCAGUGUUCUCGUGAUGACGUUUCGGAGAAGCUCAAGAAGCCUUUAUCGUCAUCCAAAGCAGUUCAUAUAUCCAAUCCAAAAACGCUGGAAUUCCAGGUAAACUAUUUUGCUUUGUUAGUUGGAUUUUCUAAGUUCCAAGGACUUCGUAACGCUUUUGAAUAACGUCUAAGCAUCACGUUCACGUCAAACGUCAAACGUGAAUUUGUGCCACGUGCAGACCAAGUUUCCUCUUUUACUGUUCUUUCUACACUCUCCUAAAUGAGUUGUUUUACGCAAUUUGUUUGAGCUGUUUUUAUCUGCUCAUUUUCUAUUUUUUAGAAAUUCUCUACUGGAUUCUGACGUUUGCCGUUUGCCGUAUACGUGAAGUUUAAACUCUCUGUUAGAUCACAUCAGCCUAAACCCUUUCUCACUGCCACUUAACAUUACAUGAAGUAAUACUUAUUUACACUCUAUAAUAAAAGAAGUGAAAACUGAAGUUUAAGCGCCUCAAACUCGAAGCGAAGAGGUUUAGACGCGAUAAGGAAUAGUACAUUCUGUAAGCCUCAUAAGGUCAAAGGUGUCUAAGGUUGUUAAGGGGUUUGUGUGGUUAAUGCUUACCCCGUAGGAAGUUACGAAACAACAAUUACCUGCAAUUAUUAUUAUAUUUUUCAAGUCUUUCGUCUCUGUUAGCAUUAAGCGAAUUGUCCUAAUGUUUUGUUCUUACGGUUUCUGUAGGUUGCCAGGACAACACUUAUCCCUGGUCUCUUAAAAACGGUCAGUUGUAACAAGAAGAUGCCGCUGCCGAUGAAACUGUUUGAAAUUUCAGAUGUGGUGCACAGCGAUGAACUGAAAGGUGAGGUUGAACUUAAAUAAAGCCCGUUAAAAUUGUAGUGAGUGGCUUAGCCUGUGCCACAGACGAAACGAAACUCUGGUUUAGCCCACUCUGCGAAACAGCGCCAAAAUUUUUGUUAUGGGCCGCCACCUGUGUACCAGGAUGUGAGUACGCGCCAAGAUUGACCUGUUAAUAAAGCCAUUGCCCACUUGCCAGUCAGGUUGAAGGGAAAAUCGAAACACAUUUCUGGUAAUUCAUUGAGUCCGUUGGGGGCCCAGAACAAAGAUAUCGGCGCUGGUUCGCAGACGUUACUAACCGGGGUUAGAUUGUUGUGCGACGCAGGCAAUAAGUGGCUGUGGAGAGCAGGUGAAUUGUGUGUUCUUUUGGAGACAAGUGUGGUUACUGUAAGAUUUGAAUGCACGUGUUAUGGUUGCUCUGAGUCAUACUCGUGAACUGUCCAUUGUAACGUGAAUCGAAAGUUUGCAAUGAAAAUAAUUCAAUAUCCCACCACGGCUUCAAACGUGUGUUGGUACAGUAGAAUCAUCCCGAUUUUACAAACCCUUAGUUUUUCUAAAUUCCCGAUAAUUCCAACCAGACAUAACUUCUAUGCAGUCAGUUGUUCGCCCGCUUUUCACAAGUGCCGUUAACAUUUCCAUUUAGAUGUGGGCGCUCGGAAUCAUCGCCGUUUUUGUGCUGUUAAUUACAACAAGACACCAGGGUUUGAGGUUAGUAGCGAUAUACGUGGUAUUACGUCGUAUCUUUUGAGAAAGUUUGUUUUGCUCUUGGGGUUUUAGCCGCGGCAGGAUAAGCGCAGUCGAUAGAACGCCUGACCGUAGAGCGGGAAGUCGUGGGUUCGUUUCCCGGCAACGGACCAACUCUCAAGGUCUUAAUAUAACUGAGAAAUUAAGGCACUGCCUUUGCCCUGCAAACGGGUAGACCUAGCGUAUUUCCCCCAUUGGUACUUUCGUGCUAAAUACAUUGACACUCGAAUAAUAAUGAAAUAAAGAGGUUUUUCCUUCUGAUUUUUGUAGGGUUCGUACAGGUCAUAGAAAGCCUGGAAAGUCAUAAAAUUUAAGAAUUUUAUUUUCCAGGUAUAGAAAGUUACGGAAUGUAAUAAGCCAUUUUACAGUUUUAAGCACAGUGCCCUGGCCUUUGAAUAGAAGCGAGGCUGGGGUAACUUUUUUUGCUGCAAACCUUCCCGCUUUUUAUGUGCAAAUCCUGUUUAUCUCAUGCGAACAAGCCCUUGAAAAUCAGGACGGUUUGUAACAAGGCAGUCACGUCUAGCCUUGCUUCUAUCCAAAGGCCAAGGCACUGAACACACAACUGUAAAAUGGCCUGUUAUGCAGGCAACUGUACAGAUGCAAGGGAAAAUAGGACAAGGACAAGUAAUUAAAUGACGCGAACGUAACGUGUUUCGGUGGACUCCAGAGUUUGUGUCUGUUGAACUGAGUUAUGUCAAAAAAAAAUACCCAAAAACAAGGGUAGUUUUGAAAAGUGUUGAAAGUGACAGCUAAACGUAAGGAGAUGGAAAACUUGAAAAAGGUUAUCAAAAACACUCAUGGAAAAGUCAUGGAAUUUGAAGAGCUCAAAGGACUACGAACCCUGUUUUUUUAGCCGUUUUAAACAGCGUCGUUAUGGAAUGAACCACCUAAGUUCCUUCAGUGCCUGUAUUGAGAUUUGAAGUAAAGUUUCUUUUAUAGGUUAUCCAUGGUCUGUUGGACCGCACCAUGCAGCUUCUUGAAGUCCCAUACACAGAAGAUAAAACUUCUACUCGUGGAUAUUACUUGAAAGCUCAUGAAGGUAUUUUUGCGAUAUGUGCUAGAAUGUGAACUAGAAUGCGCACGAACACACUAUACUAUAUUACACCUGACAGCACGAAAAACCAUACCGGUAUAGGUGAACAUUGCCUAGUUACUCAAAGACUUGUAAUAAACUGAAAUCUUCUUUCCGGUGAAACCAUAAUUGAUCUCUAACGUUUCAACGGCGACUAUUUAAGCAUGUUGUCCUAAAGCUUUUACAUAAUGUAAAUGUAAGUGUAAAUGUACAAAACUUUGUCGAAUGGCCAUUAAGGUGAGAUCUUUACUUGUCAAUUAGCCAUUGUUCAGGGUUAUGCAAACGAUUAAAAAGACUUACACUAGUCCUGCUAGGAAUUAGCCAUAACUAUGGCCUGUGUGUGCAGGGUAUCGAGUUGGGGUUUCGCGCUGGAUUUUUCGUGUUAUUCUUGCGAGAUGUGACAACCCAGCUGGAGUAAUAAUUGCAUUAAAGAUAAUUUUCAGGAAUCGUUCAGACCAAGAAGCUAUUGCAAAGCUUGUUUAAAGUGAAAAGAGCAUCAAAUCUUUGCAUUGUACGUAAACGUAGUUAUUUCUGCUCUGGUAAUGCAUCAUUGUUGGUAAAUUGAUUGAUUGGCUGGUUGAUUGAUUGAUUGGACGAUUGAUUGAUGGAUGAAAGAAUGGAUGUAUGGAUGGUGAAUUGAAUGAUUAAGUGAUUGAUUGGUUUAGUGAUUGGUAGAUGGUUGGAUGAUUGGUUGAGUAAUUAAUUGAUUGAAUGAUUGCUUGAUGGAGUGAUUGAUAGAUGGAUCGAUAGUGGAUUGAUUGAUUGAUUGACUGAUUGUUUGGUUGAUGAUUGACUGAUUAACUGAUUGAUUGAUUGAUUGAUUGUAUUAUCGAUUGAAUGAUUGAUUAAGUGAAUGAUUGGCUGAUUGAUUGUGUUGAUCGAUUGUUCGAUUGUUCGAUUGAUUGAUUGAUUGAUUGAUUGAUUGAUUGACUAAGUAGUCAGGGGAGCAAGGGUGGCGCAGUGUUGAGAGCACUUGCCUCCCACCAAUGUGGCCCGGGUUCAAAUCCCGGCGUCGACGCCAUAUGUGGGUUGAGUUUGUUGUUGGUUCUCUCCCUUGUUUCAAGAGGUUUUUCUCCGGGUACUCCGGUUUUCCCCUCUCCUCAAAAACCAACAUUUCCAAAUUCCAAUUUGAUCGGGAAUCAUGUGGAUGUGCUACCUGCAAAUCGUUAUUUAUUUGUUUAUUUAUUUUAUUUGGCUGGUUGAUUGCUGACUAGUUAACUGUUUACAUGAUCCUUCUUUUUUCAGAUGAAACCUUCUUCCCAGGUCGUUGUGCGCAGGUCAUCGCCAACGGAAAGCCAAUAGGAAUUAUGGGUGUCUUACACCCGGAAGUCGUCCAAAACUUUGAAUUAAACCUGCCAUGCGCAGUACUUGAAUUGGACGUGGAGGAAUUCCUCUGAAAAACAAUUUAAAUACCAUCUCGCGAGUGUUAAAAGAUGUAGGUCAAUUUUUUUCGACAUGUAUCUUUGUGUCACUAAUAUGUUAGGGAUCUUAAAAGUGAAACAUUCCCCUGCGGCUUCAUCUCUUCUAAGCACCAGCAUUAAUCAAGACAGUUCUUGUGUUUACACUUUUCAUACAACGGUAACCACUAUUCUACAGCUGCCCUGUAUGUGUAUUGGCGGUCUUAAGAGAGUUUAAGCAUCGUGUAUACGGCAAACGACAACUGUCAGAUUCAAGUUGAGAAUUUCUCAAAAUAGAAAAUGAGCAGAUAAAAAGAGCUCAAAACGAUUCUUAUGCAUGGAUAAAAAAAAUUGCGUGAAACUACUAAUUUUUUUGUUGAAAUAAUGAACAGUAAGCGACAAGUGAAGUGGAAACUUGGUCACGUGGAGCAAAUUCGCGUUUACCGUUAUACGUAAACGCAGGGUUUUUACAGGUCAUGGAAAACCUGGAAAGUCAUGAAAUUUAAGAAUUUCAUUUUUCUUAAAUUCAAUUUUUCAGGCCUGGGAAUUCAUGGAAUGUUGAAAAAUUAUCGGUCCUUGAAAGUCAUGGAAAAUUAAAGUUUUGUUUGGUAGUAUAGUUACUUCUGAUAACAAAGCAAGGACAAUGUAAGGUAGAUAGGACUAACUUAUCAGCGCAAACGGCACGCAUUUUGGUGGUCACCAGAGUUGAACUGUUUAAAGUCAAAAAAUACCGUAAAACAUGGAAAAUUUUAAAAUUUUUUUGAAAUGACAGUUAAAACCUAAGGUCUUGAAAACUUGAAAAGGUCAUGAGAGAAGCCAUGGAAGGUCAUGGAAAUUGAAGAGCUCAAGAGAGCACGAACCUUGAAACGUGAUGCUUAUACUUUGUAUUUUUUCUUGAUGUUGUGGAUGGGUACAAUCACCAAAUGUUAUAAAACCUUUUUUUUGUCUCUAUAGAAAGGUCCCCCCAAAAUUAAAAAACAAUCUAUCUAUCAGCCAACUCGAGCAUAUUUGAAUUAUUUGAAAUAUCUUAAAAGCUAAAUUUUUAUAUCAGUAAAUACCCAAAUUGGCUCCUGGUUUUCGGUAACACGCUUUAAACUACAAAGUGUUUUAAAAUAUAGUAUUUAGAAUUGCACGUUCGUGUAACAUACAGUGUAGCUAUUUGGAACAUAUUGUAGUACAGAAUGCAUAAUGUCAGUGCUCAGUGUUGGUAGGAUCCAUUAAUAAAA